GUGACCUGGUGGGCAUUUAUAAUGUGUUCAUUGGGUGUAUUUCUAUACCAAACUCUGGACGCAUUGGACGGCAAGCAAUGCUAUAAAGUGCAAAACACACAGAUGGAAGAGGUGUACGAUCACGGGUGCGAUGCCGUGUCCACUAUAUUUGUCACAUUGGCCGUGUCGUGUGCCAUACAGUUGGGUCGCACACCUAUAUUGCUAUUCCUUAUAUUCCUCUCCUCUAUGAUAGCGUUCUUUUCCACCCAUUGGUUAUGUCAUAUCAAACACCAAAUGGUGUUUGGAAAGAUUGAUGUGAGUGAAGGCCAAUUGGUGAUGGUUAUCAUACAUCUGGUCACUGCCUUUUGGGGUCAAAAGCUAUGGCGUACCCAGGUGUUUGGCACAGGCAUUGAAUUAUCGCAUAUAUUAGCUUUGAGGCGUACGAAUAACAUAUGGAAACCUGUGGUUCCGAUCGCUAUUCUCACUAUAUUUGCUAUCAUUUCCUAUUCAAUCGGCUAUUUUCAUGUCAGCCCUCUUUUGUUUAUCUUUACGUUUGGCUUUGCCUUCGCAAAAGUAACCAUUAAAUUAGUGGUGAGAUUACUAUUUGAAAUUGAUGAUGAACUGUUGCAACGGAACAAUGGAUUACUGGGACAGUUGUCUGACGACACCACUACUGUUGGCCACAAACAGCCGAUAUCUGGUUUUAUUGCACCCGAAGACGGCAUUGUUGUGUGCGUUUGUGUACUCACUGAUGGACGUGAGCCGAUACUUCACAUACGCCUCGUGGGACUUACGGGUGGCGCUCGACGUGAAUAUCUUUAGCAUCAAAU